AUGGCGCACCUUCAGGGAGUGUGGAAGAGCCUGAGCAACGGUUUCGGAAUGAACGACCCUCCGUUUGAGGGCCCCUGCCUUUCUCCGACCAUAGUCCAUCCCUGCCAGCGUCGCUCUUCAGAUGACAGCAAGAUGCCCGACUCCAAGGCUAGCAGCACUAUCCGUGUCUACCUCCCAAACCAGCAACGCACUGUGGUAAAUGGGCGACCAGGUAUGACUCUCUACCACUGCUUGAUUAAAGCACUGAGGGUGCGGGGCCUGCAGCCUCAGUGCUGCGCGGUCUUCAGGCUGCAUCCAGGACAGGGGAGUAGAAAAUUACGGAUGGAUUGGAAUACUGAUUCCUCUUCACUGAUUGGGGAAGAGCUGCAGGUGGAGGUUUUAGAUCACGUCCCCUUGACGACACAUAAUUUUGUUCGGAAAACAUAUCUGAAACUAGCGUUCUGUGAUAUUUGCCAGAAGUUUCUUUUGAAUGGUUUCCGUUGCCAAACAUGUGGCUACAAAUUCCAUGAGCAUUGCAGCACCAAAGUGCCCACGAUGUGUGUGGACUGGAUCAAUAUCAGACAACUCCUAUUGUGUCAAACGCCUGGUGAGAGCAAUGCCCCGUCCGUGCCGCCACCUUCAUCUCGGCGUAUGAGAGAGUCUUUAACGCGGUUUCCAAGCUCAGCCUACCGGUAUUCUACCCCUCAUGCCUUCAACUACACACCACCCACUGGUGGUGGUCUCUCCCAGAGGCAGCGCUCCACUUCUACACCGAACGUCCACAUGGUUAGCACUACUCUGCCUGUGGACAGCAGUAUGAUUGAGCUAGACUGCCUGAAUACCUCCCCCAGCUCCUGGUGCCAUAGAUUCUGGCUGAAGAGGAAAGUAGGUAUUGUGCACUUCUCCCAGUCUUUUGUUGAGGCCUCACCUGAGAGUCCAGAAAAGGAUGCAAUGCGUGAUCAUGACUCAGCGGGGAGUUCACCCAACCAGAGUCCUACAGGCUGGACCCAGUCCCAGUCCAAACCCCCUGCACCUGCCCAGCGAGAGAGGGCCCCAUCCUUCAACACUCAGGAGAAAAAUAAAAUAAGGCCUCGCGAUAAGCGGGACUCCAGUUACUACUGGGAGAUUGAGGCCAGUGAGGUUUAUCUGCACUCACACAUCGGUUCUGGCUCCUUUGGAACUGUGUUCAAAGGAAAAUGGCAUGGUGAUGUAGCAGUGAAGAUUUUAAAGGUGACAGAUCCUACACCAGAGCAGUUCCAGGCAUUCAGAAAUGAAGUGGCAGUCCUCAGGAAAACACGACAUGUUAACAUCCUGUUGUUCAUGGGCUACAUGACUAAGGACAACCUGGCCAUUGUGACGCAGUGGUGUGAGGGUAGCAGCCUCUACAAACACAUUCAUGUCCUGGAGACAAAUUUUAAGAUGAUCCAGCUCAUAGAUAUUGCCAGGCAGACUGCUCAGGGCAUGGACUAUCUUCAUGCAAAGAACAUCAUUCACCGUGACAUGAAAUCAAACAAUAUCUUCUUGCAUGAAGGGCUAACAGUAAAAAUUGGGGACUUUGGUCUUGCUACGGUGAAAGCAAGGUGGAGCGGUUCACAUCAGGUGGAGCAACCUUCUGGAUCCAUUCUUUGGAUGGCUCCUGAAGUUAUGCGGAUGGAGGAUAACAAUCCCUACAGCUUCCAGUCUGAUGUCUAUUCCUAUGGAAUUGUUCUCUUUGAGCUCAUGACAGGAGAGCUCCCAUAUUCCCAGAUAGGAAAUAGAGAUCAGAUUAUCUACAUGGUGGGAAGAGGCUAUUUGUCUCCAGACCUCAGUAAGCUCUACAAGAACUGCCCUAAAGCCAUGAAAAGGUUGGUGGCUGACUGUAUCAAGAAGUCCAAGGACGAGAGGCCACUGUUUCCACAGAUCUUGUCCUCCAUUGAGCUUCUCCAGCAUGCCCUCCCUAAGAUAAACCGCAGUGCCUCAGAACCGUCCCUGCACAGAGCCACUCACACUGAGGAUAUUAAUGCCUGUACUCUGACCAGAGUGCCUGUUUUUUAGUGGCUCAGACAGCACUACCCCUCCUCCUCUGCUUACGCUUAGCCGCCGCCUCCUCCUCCUCCUCAAACAUUCAGUAUUCCCAAAUUCUCUCCAUAAAGAUGCUAACAUAGAUUGACAGACACACAUCCAAUCAUACAAAUCAUACAUACAUGUUAAUCAAUAAAUUAUGUAAGAAAAAGGAGAGAGGGAAGUGCAUUUGUAAGGGAUUGAGUAAUGUUGGAUUACAUUUUGAUGUACACAUGAAGAGGCGGGCAUACGAUACAUCAAGGUGAUGCCUUAGUUAUCGCCAUAUAUAUUUUAAAUGUAUGCCGGUGUUUCAUGCUGGCAUUGUUUGGUAUAACUUGUAAAUAAAUGCACGCACACCUACCUAAGACAACCAUGAAUGGACCUUGAAGAAAGCUCAAGACAGAUGUCUCUUGAUUUGGGCUCUGUGAUGUGAAGCCUGUCCUCCUAUCAGAAUGUCCUGUUCUCUGAUGAAAAGGACUUUUUAAGCUUACCUGCCUUAAGAGGAAAUGAAGCCUGGAUUAAGAUCCUGCACAACUUCAGCACCUCCUGUUAUCACAAAGCGGUUGGAUGUAGUCCAUUUAGUUGCACAGUAGUAGUUGAUUUUGCAUUGUCUUAAAUGAUAAUGGAGUAGAUGUGGGGAAUUCUUUUUGUCUUUGUUUUUUGUUGUUUUUGACUUCUUUUAAUUGUCUUUUAUUUGGGGGGUCCUUUUGGAUGACUUAUAGCCUGUCAGACAGCUAGCAUAAGUGAUGAUGGGUACAUGCACAUUUUUAAAGGAAAAAUGAUGGUUUCAGCAGUCUGCACAAAGGUUUCAUACCUCUGAGUAAACAGAUACCCACACGUCCUAUCAGUUCUUACAUUGUUAGGUUAUCAUGAGCUGGACAUUAGGCAGUUGUCUUAAAUAUUUAAAAUUCUUUGGAAACUAAUUUGUAUUUGGUUACCAUGUCACUUUCAGGCAGUUAAAUGUUUUGUUGUGAACUUGGUGAGAAAGUUGUUUAUUCAAUAUUUUAAUAAAAAUUAAGUUAAAUUCAA